UGUCAUUACACUAGAAAAAGACGCAAAUGACCUUUCGUUGCAUUUUGUAUCUAGGCAACCGCAAGCUGUUAUCGUUAGCUAGCUUGCUAACAGACGAAUAAGAGCUACUCAGUUAACGGUAGUUAGAUAUAUUGAUGACUAUUUUUCAAAAUGCAAAAAUUAGACUUUUGAAAGAAUAUGUUGCUUUACGUGAUUUGGUGACUUUAUUUUGUACCAGUUCCUAAAUUUUUAUUUAUAAUAGCUCGAAGAGCUGGUCAUUAACAAUCGAGCUAGAUCUAACUAUAGUUAGUCUAGCUAACUUGCGCUAAAAAUAGCUGGCAAGCGAUUCAUCUAACGUUAUAAAACUAAUGAGAAAACAGCGCAACUUUUCCUUUUAAAAAUAGAUCGUAUCUAGUUUAGUGCAACCAAGCCAAGUUGUGCUGAAGAGAUAUGGCUGAUGAUGGGGACUCCUGUUUGGAGGACGAACAAGUCGCGAUUGUCACAGAGAAGUUGGCCCUGAUUAUGACCUCUCCUACCCCGGUAUCUCAUGUCCAGCUUGCCUGCUGCAGCUCCCACUGCGCUUUCCCAUGGCAGGGCAAUGAAUUGCGGGUUUACAUCAACAAUGACUUUGGGGCAAAGCCCCUGAAACUUAUUGGUCACCAUGAAAACAUAUCUGCCCUGGCUUUUGGUACAAGGCAAGACCCAUUCCUCCUCUGCUCUGCCUCUAACGAUUACGUCAUUGUGUGGGACAUUGAACGUUGCUACAGAAGAGACAUUGAGGGUCUGACUGCAUCAGGGGUGGUCAUUGGAACAUGUCUGGGAAGGGUGCAGCACCUGUCCCUGUGUUCUGAGAAUGAGAAGGUGGCAGUUUGCUCAGGUGUAAAAACAUACAUAUUACACAUGCAGAAGAAGGAGCUCAUUAUUUCUUUGUCGGGCCACCUGGGAGCUGUGACAGCGGCUGAGUUCUGCCCGUGGACUGGGCACAUCCUCGUGACCACGUCAGAGGACCGGACAUUCAAGGUGUGGGAUUUGAGAACGGAAGAGACUCUGUAUCAGUCAGCUGUACUGUCAGCAUCUCCAUUGCUUAGUUUGUUCAUCAGUGCGGAGAAAAGACAGCUGGUUACUGGGUCUGCUAAUGGACAGGUGUGGGCCUUCAGCCUCCCCGAUGACUUCAGGUGUCGCAUGGUGACCCGUGUCGACCUCCAGAAGGUGGAGCAGAGGCGGCUGAAGCAUGUGGAGGGCAGCCCAGUUAAUGAGCCAGAGAGACAACUCCAGUGUCUUUUUCCAGGAUCGGUCCACGGGGAGCAGGCAGACACAGUGGAGAUCUCACGGCCAAUUCUGAGAAUCUCUCCUUGCAGUGUGCUACCCAGUUCUGUCCAUGACCAGGAGAGGGGCGGGAACUUCUACUGGAUUGGCAGUUCAGACAGCCUGUACGUGCUGGACAUAGACGCCGCCGAGCUCCGCACAACACUGUAUCUCAAAGACUACCCAAAUUUGACAAUUUCCAUGGCUGGAUCAUGGGCCAUACAUGAAGGAGACAAGGGCAAGACCCUGUGCUUGAUGUCAUCUCCAUUUGAGUCUGCUAUUGCCCUAUUUGAGGUUCAAGUUCCCGAGUAUUCCUUCUCCCCCUGCCCUUGGGAGGAGAUCCUGUCUGUGAUCCCCAGUGGUCCGCUGUUGCCUGAGUCUCCUUUGAAUGCAGUGCUGGUGAAGAAGGAAGUUUCUAAGGUCUCAAAGGUUUCUAAGCCAAUCCAGAAGCCUGGCCCAGAUGUGAAAGUUGCUCUGAAGGACCGGCCUGUUACCUUUCACCAACGCGUGAAGUCAUCAGGAUACACAACACGCCCCUGGAACUGCACCAGCAAGGCCAGCUCACAAAAGAAGAACACAGCGCUUAUAAAAACCAGGAAGAAAAUACGGGGUAUCUUUCCUGAGUAUGCUGAAGACAGUGGAGUGCCCACUGUUUUAUGCAAUCAAGCAAGCACAGCUGAAAGACCAAUACCUGUCUGUUGCCUACAGUAUUCAGGAGAUGGAAAGCAGAUCCUGUGUGGUCUGGGGAACGCGUCGGCAUUGCUGUACAAGUCUACUCUCACUGGCACCCCAGCUGUCUACACAGGUCAUGACGGGCCCAUCAACAGUGUGGACUGGAGUUUCAACAGGCAGUGGGUCGUAACAUCGUCAGAGGACCGGACAGCCCGGGUGUGGCCCAUAGGGAACGCAGAACCCACUCUGAUCAUGGGUGGUGAAAAAUUCCCAAAACCUGUCAAGUCUGCACAGUUUUACUACCUGGACAAGUUCCUGUUGCUGUCAUCAGGGAAUGCCCUACACCUGUACCUUUAUCACCUUGAUAUGGCCCGUGAUGACAUUAAGAGAUACCACCAGAAGAGCCUAUGCAAGCUGGUAGGGAAGUUUAAGAUGAGUUCAGGGACAGACAUCACCUGCACGUCUGCCAUCAACCAGUUAUAUUCCUACAUCGUACUGGCUGCGGGCGUGGACCGGUCUGUCGAAGUGUUCGACAUGAAUGUGGGACACAUUUGCGCAGACAUCCCUGAUGCGCAUACCAGAGCCGUCCACCACAUCAGCCAGAAUCAGGGCUCCAUGUUCAGCUCGCAGACGCACGACUUGUACAGCCUCUUCCUGACCAGCGCCGCGACCGACGGACUGAAGCUGUGGGACCUGCGCACUCUCAGGUGUGUGCGUCGAUACGAGGGCCAUACAAAUCGCUGUCAUCCGUGCAGCUCCACCUUCUCGCCCUGCGGACGCUACAUCGCCACCGGCUCGGAGGACAACUGCGCCUACAUUUAUGAUGUCCGGAGCUGCACUUACCUGCACAAGCUCCAGAGGCACUCGGACACCGUCCUGACCGUGGCCUUCAACCCCGCCAAACCUGAGCUGGUGAUGGGGACCCUGGAUGGAAAGCUGCAGCUUUUCCGGCCCAGCGAUGGAGCUGCUGUCCUCUGACCCUGGAUCUGAUCUCACCUGACCCUGAAUCUGAUCUCACCUGACCCUGAAUCUGAUCUUACCUGACCCUGAAUCUGAUCUCACCUGACCCUGAAUCUGAUCUUACCUGACCCUGAAUCUGAUCUUACCUGACCCUGGACCUGUGUUUGGCUGAUGCUGGAUCCUGAAUCGGCUCGCAGCUGAUCAAUAAACUCACUUGACCUUCUUCACAGCUAAAGAGGCUUCCAGUAUUACACAUUAAAAAAUCCUUUGAUCUUGGAUCACAGUACUUACACUUGAUUAUUUCAGCCCAAUAUUUCGGUGUCUUAAUAAUAUCAUAAUGUCAUAAUAUUAUAAACCUGUAGCACACACACACACAUGCAGGCACAUUAUUCAGAUAUGCAUUUGUGCAUAUACUGUACAAGCACAGUUUUAUCCAGCAUGCCUGGUGUGUUAAGUAGAGGAGUCUACACUGCUGUGUAUGGUUUUCUAGUUUCACUGAAAUAUAGCUUUAAACAUGACAGAAGAUUGUGCAGUGAAUACUGAUUAUUUAGUUUUUCCAUGUGUUAAAUUCUGAAACAAUAAUACGCAUUAGCGCAUAUAGGAAAUGGUGGUGGAGCAGUGCGGGUGGGUUGGCGGGAAGCGGGAGUGCCCGAUGGGGCAGCUGGUGUUGUGCUGCUGGUAACAUUCGAAGUAUGUCAGUUUUUAUCCAAGGUUUGAGGAAAUGGUAGCGCUGACAGAGCUCACGCCACUGUUGAGAGGCAGUUCUGCAAACGGCAAGAUGGCGGGACACUGCUGGUGUGCAGAGGCCCUGGCGAGCCCCCCCAUCUGAUGGCUCAUCUGAGGCCACGGUGAAAACAGCCCCUUUGUUUAGAGGAACGGCCGAGUGUUUCUGGAAGAGUAAGCAGCCAUAUGAUCGCACUUGGCCGCCCCCCGGCCUUUUCUGCAUGCCUACAGCCUCACGUAUCAUAUAGCAUUAAAUAAUACGGCAGGUUCAGAACAAAAAUAGCUUUAUUCUCCUCCGUCCCGCCCCAGGGAACUCACACAGCGGGGGUUGAGUGGUUGAUGGGGAGAGCACAUGACCGUAGCCAAGCCGAACACAGCUCGAAAAACAGCCCUUGUGUUUUUAAUAAAGGCCCCAGUGUGCUUCACGCACGUGCUGAUGUCCUUCGCAUGCGCGGCGUCUCCUGUCCAGCAGUCCACCUCUGCCCAUCUGUGCUGUAAUCCCAUCGCCCUGUCCGUACGCUGGGCAGCUGUGGAGUGUCUCAACGUCUAAGUCUCUUCCAGGUUCGACGCGUUUCAAGGACUGGGUGUUCUUCUCAGUUGUUCUUUAAUCAGCAUCAUAGUGAAAGUUGCUGACGGGAGGGAAAGAGUGGGUGAUGAGUAAGAAAUAGAUUAGAGAGAAGGGAAGGGUUGAUGGGAAGAGAGCACCACAGGAUGUGGGGAUUUAUCAGGGGGAUGGUCUCGGGUCCAGGGUUCGGGGUCUCAGCUGCAAAUUACAAUCAACAAAGAGAUUAAUUUGUCUCCUCACAAAGUAUCUAUUUUUGAAGCAUCUCUGUUUUAUAUUAAGAAGUAGGACCCACAGAUCUUGGCCUACUCCUCAUUUCUGAGAUAGCUCUCCCCAGAACAGUUUAAAGUUCGAGAGAAGGUUUCGGAGCGGGAAGUUUUCUCAAUAAAGCAAAGUUUAAAAACUGUUUUGAUGUUUUGACGUGUAUUUUCCGCUUUUGCAAACGGCUGCACUUUAUCCUGAGUGUGCUGUCUCAGCAUGGCUGGUUAGCCUGUUUUUAUUGAAGCUGAAUAUUCUGCUACUAUGGUUCUCCUUUAGUGUCAGUGUGUGUAUGACUGUCUGUGAGUUCAUCAGCAUUGUGAAAUGCCUUUACUUCUGGCCCGAAAUACUCUCUCAGAGGUCACAGCAAAUGCUGAAAAGACACAGGGAAGAACA